AUGGAUGCAGUUGGGGACAGGAGAGGCCCUUUGAGCAGCUGUGGUUUAGUCGUCCUGGGACCGUGGGGCCUGGUCUCUGUGCACCCUCUACAGCACGAUACACGCCCAGACUGCAGACCCAUCCAGACUGCAGACCCAUCCAGACUGCAGACCCAUCCAGACUGCAGACCCAUCCAGACUGCAGACCCAUCCAGACUGCAGACCCAUCCAGACUGCAACCCAUCCAGACUGCAGACCCAUCCAGACUGCAGACCCACAUCCAGACUGCAGACCCAUCCAGACUGCAGACCCAUCCAGACUGCGACAGACCAGACCCAUCCAGACUGCAGACCCAUCCAGACUGCAGACCCAUCCAGACUGCAGACCCAUCCAGACUGCAGACCCAUCCAGACUGCAGACCCAUCCAGACUGCAGACCCAUCCAGACUGCAGACCCAUCCAGACUGCAGACCCAUCCAGACUGCAGACCCAUCCAGACUGCAGACCCAUCCAGACUGCAGACCCAUCCAGACUGCAGACCCAUCCAGACUGCAGACCCAUCCAGACUGCAGACCCAUCCAGACUGCAGACCCAUCCAGACUGCAGACCCAUCCAGACUGCAGACCCAUCCAGACUGCAGACCCACAUCCAGACUGCAGACCCAUCCAGACUGCAGACCCAUCCAGACUGCAGACCCAUCCAGACUGCAGACCCAUCCAGACUGCAGACCCAUCCAGACUGCAGACCCAUCCAGACUGCAGACCCAUCCAGACUGCAGACCCAUCCAGACUGCAGACCCAUCCAGACUGCAGACCCAUCCAGACUGCAGACCCAUCCAGACUGCAGACCCAUCCAGACUGCAGACCCAUCCAGACUGCAGACCCAUCCAGACUGCAGACCCAUCCAGACUGCAGACCCACAUCCAGACUGCAGACCCAUCCAGACUGCAGACCCAUCCAGACUGCAGACCCACAUCCAGACUGCAGACCCACAUCCAGACUGCAGACCCAUCCAGACUGCAGACCCAUCCAGACUGCAGACCCACAUCCAGACUGCAGACCCAUCCAGACUGCAGACCCAUCCAGACUGCAGACCCACAUCCAGACUGCAGACCCAUCCAGACUGCAGACCCAUCCAGACUGCAGACCCACAUCCAGACUGCAGACCCAUCCAGACUGCAGACCCACAUCCAGACUGCAGACCCAUCCAGACUGCAGACCCAUCCAGACUGCAGACCCAUCCAGACUGCAGACCCAUCCAGACUGCAGACCCAUCCAGACUGCAGACCCAUCCAGACUGCAGACCCAUCCAGACUGCAGACCCACAUCCAGACUGCAGACCCAUCCAGACUGCAGACCCACAUCCAGACUGCAGACCCAUCCAGACUGCAGACCCAUCCAGACUGCAGACCCACAUCCAGACUGCAGACCCAUCCAGACUGCAGACCCAUCCAGACUGCAGACCCAUCCAGACUGCAGACCCAUCCAGACUGCAGACCCAUCCAGACUGCAGACCCAUCCAGACUGCAGACCCAUCCAGACUGCAGACCCAUCCAGACUGCAGACCCAUCCAGACUGCAGACCCAUCCAGACUGCAGACCCAUCCAGACUGCAGACCCAGACCCAUCCAGUCUGCAGACCCAUCCAGACUGCAGACCCACAUCCAGACUGCAGACCCAUCCAGACUGCAGACCCACAUCCAGACUGCAGACCCACAUCCAGACUGCAGACCCAUCCAGACUGCAGACCCAUCCAGACUGCAGACCCAUCCAGACUGCAGACCCAUCCAGACUGCAGACCCAUCCAGACUGCAGACCCACAUCCAGACUGCAGACCCAUCCAGACUGCAGACCCAUCCAGACUGCAGACCCAUCCAGACUGCAGACCCAUCCAGACUGCAGACCCACAUCCAGACUGCAGACCCAUCCAGACUGCAGACCCACAUCCAGACUGCAGACCCAUCCAGACUGCAGACCCACAUCCAGACUGCAGACCCAUCCAGACUGCAGACCCAUCCAGACUGCAGACCCAUCCAGACUGCAGACCCAUCCAGACUGCAGACCCACAUCCAGACUGCAGACCCACAUCCAGACUGCAGACCCAUCCAGACUGCAGACCCACAUCCAGACUGCAGACCCAUCCAGACUGCAGACCCAUCCAGACUGCAGACCCACAUCCAGACUGCAGACCCAUCCAGCUGCAGACCCAUCCAGACUGCAGACCCAUCCAGACUGCAGACCCAUCCAGACUGCAGACCCAUCCAGACUGCAGACCCAUCCAGACUGCAGACCCACAUCCAGACUGCAGACCCAUCCAGUCUGCAGACCCAUCCAGUCUGCAGACCCAUCCAGACUGCAGACCCAUCCAGACUGCAGACCCAUCCAGACUGCAGACCCACAUCCAGACUGCAGACCCAUCCAGACUGCAGACCCAUCCAGACUGCAGACCCAUCCAGACUGCAGACCCAUCCAGACUGCAGACCCAUCCAGACUGCAGACCCACAUCCAGACUGCAGACCCAUCCAGACUGCAGACCCAUCCAGACUGCAGACCCAUGCAGACCCAUCCAGACUGCAGACCCAUCCAGACUGCAGACCCAUCCAGACUGCAGACCCAUCCAGAGCUGAUGUCAGAGACCGCAUCAGAGACCACCUCAUCAGAGACCACCGCAUCAGAGAUCACCGCAUCAGAGACCACUUCAUCAGAGACCGCUUCAUCAGAGACUGCUUCAUCAGAGACCGCUUCAUCAGAGACUGCUUCAUCAGAGACCGCCGCAUCAGAGACCGCAUCAGAGACCGCAUCAGAGACCGCAUCAGAGACCGCUUCAUCAGAGACCACCGCAUCAGAGACCGCCGCAUCAGAGACCGCUUCAUCAGAGACCGCUUCAUCAGAGACUGCUUCAUCAGAGACUGCUUCAUCAGAGACCACCGCAUCAGAGACCACCGCAUCAGAGACUGCUUCAUCAGAGACUGCUUCAUCAGAGACCGCUUCAUCAGAGACCACCACAUCAGAGACCGCCGCAUCAGAGACCGCUUCAUCAGAGACCGCUUCAUCAGAGACUGCUUCAUCAGAGACAGCUUCAUCAGAGACCACCGCAUCAGAGACCGCCGCAUCAGAGACCGCUUCAUCAAAGACCGCUUCAUCAGAGACUGCCGCAUCAGAGACCGCUUCAUCACAGACCACCGCAUCAGAGACCACCGCAUCAGAGACCGCUUCAUCAGAGACUGCCGCAUCAGAGACCGCUUCAUCAGAGACUGCCGCAUCAGAGACCACUUCAUCAGAGACCGCUUCAUCACAGACCACCGCAUCAGAGACCACCGCAUCAGAGACCACUUCAUCAGAGACUGCUUCAUCAGAGACUGCUUCAUCAGAGACCACCGCAUCAGAGACCACCGCAUCAGAGACCGCUUCAUCAGAGACCACCGCAUCAGAGACCACCGCAUCAGAGACCACCGCAUCAGAGACCGCUUCAUCAGAGACCACCGCAUCAGAGACCGCUUCAUCAGAGACCACCGCAUCAGAGACCGCUUCAUCAGAGACCGCAUCAGAGACCGCUUCAUCAGAGACUGCCGCAUCAGAGACCGCUUCAUCACAGACCACCGCAUCAGAGACCACCGCAUCAGAGACUGCUUCAUCAGAGACCACCGCAUCAGAGACCACCGCAUCAGAGACCGCCGCAUCAGAGACCGCUGCAUCAGAGACCGCUUCAUCAAAGACCGCUUCAUCAGAGACCGCAUCAGAGACCACUUCAUCAGAGACUGCUUCAUCAGAGACCACCGCAUCAGAGACUGCUUCAUCAGAGACCGCUUCAUCAGAGACCACCGCAUCAGAGACCACCGCAUCAGAGACCACCGCAUCAGAGACCACCGCAUCAGAGACUGCUUCAUCAGAGACUGCUUCAUCAGAGACCGCUUCAUCAGAGACCACCGCAUCAGAGACCACCGCAUCAGAGACCACCGCAUCAGAGACCACCGCAUCAGAGACCACUUCAUCAGAGACUGCUUCAUCAGAGACCACCGCAUCAGAGACCACCGCAUCAGAGACUGCUUCAUCAGAGACUGCUUCAUCAGAGACCACCGCAUCAGAGACCGCUUCAUCAGAGACCACCGCAUCAGAGACCGCUUCAUCAGAGACCGCAUCAGAGACCGCUUCAUCAGAGACUGCCGCAUCAGAGACCGCUUCAUCACAGACCACCGCAUCAGAGACUGCUUCAUCAGAGACCACCGCAUCAGAGACCACCGCAUCAGAGACCGCCGCAUCAGAGACCGCUUCAUCAAAGACCGCUUCAUCAGAGACCGCAUCAGAGACCACUUCAUCAGAGACUGCUUCAUCAGAGACCACCGCAUCAGAGACUGCUUCAUCAGAGACCGCUUCAUCAGAGACCACCGCAUCAGAGACCACCGCAUCAGAGACCACCGCAUCAGAGACCACCGCAUCAGAGACUGCUUCAUCAGAGACUGCUUCAUCAGAGACCGCUUCAUCAGAGACCACCGCAUCAGAGACCACCGCAUCAGAGACCACCGCAUCAGAGACCACUUCAUCAGAGACUGCUUCAUCAGAGACCACCGCAUCAGAGACCACCGCAUCAGAGACUGCUUCAUCAGAGACUGCUUCAUCAGAGACUGCUUCAUCAGAGACCACCGCAUCAGAGACCGCUUCAUCAGAGACCACCGCAUCAGAGACCGCUUCAUCAGAGACCGCUUCAGAGACCACAUCAGAGACCACAUCAUCAGAGACUGCUUCAUCAGAGACUGCUUCAUCAGAGACCGCUUCAUCAGAGACCACCGCAUCAGAGACCACCGCAUCAGAACCACUUCAUCGAAGACUGCUUCAUCAGAGACCACCGCAUCAGAGACCACCGCAUCAGAGACUGCUUCAUCAGAGACUGCUUCAUCAGAGACUGCUUCAUCAGAGACCGCUUCAUCAGAGACUGCCGCAUCAGAGACCGCUUCAUCACAGACCACCGCAUCAGAGACCACCGCAUCAGAGACCGCUUCAUCAGAGACUGCCGCAUCAGAGACCGCUUCAUCAGAGACUGCCGCAUCAGAGACCGCUUCAUCACAGACCACCGCAUCAGAGACCACCGCAUCAGAGACCACUUCAUCAGAGACUGCUUCAUCAGAGACUGCUUCAUCAGAGACCACCGCAUCAGAGACCGCUUCAUCAGAGACCACCGCAUCAGAGACCGCUUCAUCAGAGACCACCGCAUCAGAGACCGCUUCAUCAGAGACUGCUUCAUCAGAGACCACCGCAUCAGAGACCGCUUCAUCAGAGACCACCGCAUCAGAGACCGCUUCAUCAGAGACCGCUUCAUCAGAGACCGCUUCAUCAGAGACCGCUUCAUCAGAGACCGCAUCAGAGACUGCUUCAUCAGAGACUGCCGCAUCAGAGACCGCUUCAUCACAGACCACCGCAUCAGAGACCACCGCAUCAGAGACUGCUUCAUCAGAGACCACCGCAUCAGAGACCACCGCAUCAGAGACCACCGCAUCAGAGACCGCCGCAUCAGAGACCGCCGCAUCAGAGACCGCUUCAUCAAAGACCGCUUCAUCAGAGACCGCAUCAGAGACCACUUCAUCAGAGACUGCUUCAUCAGAGACCACCGCAUCAGAGACUGCUUCAUCAGAGACCGCUUCAUCAGAGACCACCGCAUCAGAGACCACCGCAUCAGAGACCACCGCAUCAGAGACCACCGCAUCAGAGACUGCUUCAUCAGAGACUGCUUCAUCAGAGACCGCUUCAUCAGAGACCACCGCAUCAGAGACCACCGCAUCAGAGACCACCGCAUCAGAGACCACUUCAUCAGAGACUGCUUCAUCAGAGACCACCGCAUCAGAGACCACCGCAUCAGAGACUGCUUCAUCAGAGACUGCUUCAUCAGAGACUGCUUCAUCAGAGACCACCGCAUCAGAGACCGCUUCAUCAGAGACCACCGCAUCAGAGACCGCUUCAUCAGAGACCGCUUCAGAGACCACAUCAGAGACCACAUCAUCAGAGACUGCUUCAUCAGAGACUGCUUCAUCAGAGACCGCUUCAUCAGAGACCACCGCAUCAGAGACCACCGCAUCAGAGACCACUUCAUCGAAGACUGCUUCAUCAGAGACCACCGCAUCAGAGACCACCGCAUCAGAGACUGCUUCAUCAGAGACUGCUUCAUCAGAGACUGCUUCAUCAGAGACCACCGCAUCAGAGACUGCUUCAUCAGAGACCACCGCAUCAGAGACCGCUUCAUCAGAGACCACCGCAUCAGAGACCGCUUCAUCAGAGACCGCUUCAGAGACCACAUCAGAGACCACAUCAGAGACCGCAUCAUCAGAGACUGCUUCAUCAGAGACCACCGCAUCAGAGACCGCAUCAUCAGAGACCACGUCAUUACAGGCAAUGAGGCAAUCGGAACAAGUGGUGUUCACAGAUACAUCAGGAGGCACACAGGCCCAGAUAAAGGCAGCCGAAUAG